AUGAAGGACCCAAAGUUCAAGCCCCCUCCAGACCUGAUCCAGCUGGUAAUUGACGGAUCUCCAGAUGGUAAAGGACGCUCUCUUGACUACCAGGUAAAUGCACAGAUUGGCACUGGUCAUGCAGCUCUUUUCACCACCGCAGUCACCGUGUUCCACAUUCUCUGUAAUCUGUGUGAGGCCCAGCGCUUUAACAAAUUUAUAUUAGUCAGCAUUAUCCGGAAGGUGGCGAAGCCGUUGAUGAUCGCAACAGGCGAUAUCUUGCCCAAGGGCACCAUUUGCGGCAUCGACAUCCAUAGUAUUCAUUUUCAAAAGUUCUAA